AUGACUUCGUUGAUACGUAGUGUUAGAAAUUUUUUCAAAGUUGGUCCCAAGGAAGCUUAUACGCAAAUGUUGUACAUCGGCGACAUCAAGGCUGGUACACUCGUUGGCGUUGACAAGUUUGGAAAUAAAUAUUACGAAAAUAAUGAGGAAAUUUAUGGUCGGGAACGUUGGGUGGAUUAUGCACAACACUAUGGGGAUGCUAGUCAAAUACCAGCAGAUUGGCAUGGUUGGAUUCACAAGAUAACCGAUACCCCACCGACAGUUGAUUCAACGCCAAAACUCAAAUUCCUAGCGGAACACAAAGAAAACUUUACGGGAACCCGAAAGGCUUACAAGCCAUACAGUACAACAGUUCCAAAGGUUGCAGCUUGGGAACCGAAA